AUGUACUAUGUCGUAGCCACACAACAGGACCACCACUUCAAGCAGUUGUUUCAGCUGCUGCACCGAUUGGGCUACGACUGGGCCAACAAGUGCGAGCACAUCGCAUUCGGUAAUUGUCUUCUCUGUUGUGGUCACCAUCUGGACUAUGGUAUGGUUAAGGGAAUGAGCACACGCAAAGGCGACGUCGUGUUCUUGGAACAGAUCCUCGAUGAAGCGCGCGACCGAAUGAUGAGCCGAAUCAAUGACGAUCCGAUACGCAUGAGUCAUAUGGAAAACCCAACAAUGACAGUAAGUACUCAUAACCCUAGACCAAAGUGA